CAAAUACAGUGAAAAUACAACAUAACAAUGCAUAUUUCCACAUCCCAAUCUCUAUAGCAACAUAUUCUUCAUGUUUCUCAUACUUGAAAUUUUAUUUUGACAGUCAUGAUAGAAAGUUGUGAUUUUAUUAUAGCUACCUUGAUGAGAGCUUACCAGAGUGCCCUGAGGAAUACUGAGCAUAAUUAUCGAUACUCUGAACGGGCCUAUGUUUGAUUUUCAGACCUCAUAUAUCUGCUACAUGGCAGGAUGCUUGCUUUUCAUUCUUUUCUGAUAUGCAGCUUGAUAUUCAGGGACCUAUCUUGAUGGAAAAGAGGAACCUGUCAGACACAAUGAGAAAAGUUGGACUUAUUGGAGUGCUACUGUUACCCCAGGUAAAAUCGUCAUCAGGAUGUCACCCUCAUGUUCAUCUUGUGAAAGAGGAGGAAAAGUGCAUCACAGAUCUGCUACUUUUUAAAUCACACAAAGCAACAGAAAACAAUAUCAGUGCACACUGUAAGGGAAUGUGGGAUGAUCUGAGCUGCUGGCCUCCUGCUUCUCUCGGGGAAACUGUCUCUCAGCCGUGUCCAGAGUUCUUCAAUUCGGAAGGACAAGUGCAGCGUAACUGUUCCGUCAGCGGCUGGACUGACCCGCUUGUUCCAUAUGAAGAUGCAUGUGGAUACACUUUCAAUGAGACGCUCCACUUCCUUGGAGAGUCCCCAGAUUCCCAUCUGUACUUCUCCUACGUGAAGACCAUGUACACAGCUGGAUACACACUGUCACUGAUCUGCCUCACCAUCGCCAUCACCAUCUUCUGUCUCUUCAGAAAGCUGCACUGCACCAGGAACCACAUUCACAUCCAGCUGUUCAUCUCCUUCAUCCUGAGAGCCAUCUUCAUCUUCAUCAGGGACUCUCUGCUCUUUACUAACGAGGAGCUCUACCACUGCGACCACUACCCGGUGGCCUGUAAGGUGGUGCUGAUGUUUUCUAACUACUCCAUCCUGGCGAACUACAGCUGGCUGCUGGCGGAGGGCCACUUCCUGUUCACGCUGGUGAGCCGCUCCUUCUUCUCCCUGAAGAAACACCUGGCCUGGUACAUCGCCCUGAGCUGGGGUUUACCGGUCAUCGUCAUCGUCGCCUGGGGAUGUGCCAAGUAUCUGUACGAAGACGAAGGCUGCUGGGAAACCAGGAGACACGAGUGGAUCUGGUGGAUACUCAGAGUGCCAGUUCUCCUGACCAUAUUUAUUAAUCUAGUGUUCUUCUUGGGCAUUCUGAGGAUUUUAGUGAGCAAACUGAGAAUGCCGGACGCUCAGAGGAACGAGUUCAGCCAGUAUAAGAGGCUGAUUAAAUCCACUUUUUUCCUGGUGGCUCUGUUCGGUCUGCAUUACAUCCUGUUUGUCUUCUUACCUGUUGAAGUCAGCAGCUACGUGUUCAAGAUCUGGACCUUUGUAGAGCUGGCUCUGUCCUCCACACAGGGUUUCGUGGUGGCCGUGCUCUACUGCUUCAUGAACGGAGAGGUGCAGCAUGAGUUCCAGAGGAGGUGGAGGCGCUGGAGGCUGACUCAGCACCUCCCCAGCCGCCGCCGGCAGCAUCACGGCUCCAUCAGCCACAGCGGCUCCCCCCACACACAGGUGUCCCUGCUGCCCUGCCCGCCCGGCGGCCCGCCAGCCGCCCGCCUCCCCGCCGACACCGUGGAGACGUGAUUCAGGCUGAGAGCCUCGUCUCCUCUCUCUGCUCGACGACAACCAAUCCUGGCUGACAGUCAUUUGUACACUCCUAAAGCUUUUUAUUGUGCUUCUGUCACAUGCAUAUUUCUACAAAUGUCUCAAUAAUUAAUGUGCCAAUUAUUUCUUAAUGUGUCACAGAUUGUAUUGAAAACUUAAUUAAAGGAAUACUGCAGUUA